AUGCCCACUGAAGGGGAAGACCGGUCAUCACAGACGAUAACGUUGCAAUUUGGGAGGGCGUCGAAUCACGUCGGGGCUCAUUAUUGGAAUAUUCUCGAUAAGGGUGAUGAUAAGAAGGUCAAGCAAGCCCUGUACAGGACGAACACCGCCACCCCUCGAGUCUUCAUAUGCGACUUCAACAGGUCACUUGGCCCGGUUUCGUCAUGUCGAGUGGACCCCCGUAUAGAGGCAAAUAACAUCGGACGAUUAUACGCCGACGAUUAUAGUGAGAAGGUGCCGGGCUCUGGGAAUGUGAAGAUUUAUCAAAGGGAUGGUAUGGGAGAUGGCAUGCAUUGGAGUGAAUAUAUGGGUACUCCACUGGAACGAUGUUAUAAACAUUUCGUCAGUGGCAACUACGGCGUUAAAGAAGACGCCUAUUAUUAUUCGUCUACUACUGAUUGGUCGGAAACGGCAAUACGAAAGCUCAUCGAAGGCUGCGAUAGUUUGAAAACAGUGCAGAUGCUCUACGACGUUUCGACCUCCUUUGCGGGGGAGUGUGUUGCGGCCUUCGAGUGGUUGGCUGAAGAGGUGCCCAAGAAGGACGUCAUUUUAUUGCCUUUAGAGACAUUUGGGAAAGGUGUUGAAGGAGAAUAUUGGAGCCUCAAUUUUGCCUAUUCGAUAUGUCACUGUGUGCCGAGUGAGAGUAGUCCUCUUCACGUCCUUGGCUGCCUCCCCACUGGAGCUCAGCCUCUGGGGUCUAUUCUGGACAAUGCUGGCUUAUACAAGCGGUCAGCCCCUUUAGCUUUAUCACUGGCUGCAUUGACGUACUCUGGAGGGUUUGAGAAGAAUAGGGCGUUUGGGAAGCUGAGCGACUGGGGUGUGCUCGGUGGCUGUGGAGAAGGCUGGAAAUACACCGCGAAUAAGGUACCUAUACCGGAGCAUUUCCCUCGGGGGUAUGUAGGUCUAGAGGAUGAUGCUGAGAUGAUAUCAGUGGAAACGUCUCUGGAGUGUUGGGGACCCAACAGUCGGAAAGAGGUAACUCGGUGUUUGUCGGAAUUACGGAAACUGAGAACAGGAGGUGGCCUUAACCGAUGCAUAGAAAUGGCUGUCCUAUCUUCGCAAGGAGAGAGUGCCCCAGAGGGCGUCGAGGGAGCUCAUGGGGAUCACCAUACGCAUUACCAUCACAAUGAUGUAUUGCACUUUCCGAUGUCCGUGGAUGAGUUGAGGGCGAGGAGGGCGGCAGCGAAUCAACGUGCAACUGCGGUUAUAGUGAAGUCGCAGUCUAGUAGUUCGAAGAAAAAAGCGGCGGAUGGUCAUGCGGGAGUCCUUCUCGAACCCAUUCAUGAGACCUACGUUUUGGACCAUGUGGCUGACUUGUUACGAAAACAGCAUCUCGCUAUGACGGCUCCGACGUUUCGCACGCGAAUCGAACCGGAAGUCAUUUUCUCAGCAAAUUUGUUCUUUCGCCGAUUUUUUGCACAUCACUCGGUAUUGGAGUUCGACCCUCUGGUCGUCAUUUUCUGUUGUGUAUCUCUCGCGUGCAAAACUGAGGAGUUUCAUGAUACCGACGUGCGUGGCCUCAUGCUCAUGCCGGAGGGGGCCGACGCGGGCGGAGGUAAAUAUGUUGUCGACCCGAAGAUCCUCGCGGAGGUAACGUCUUGA